AAGACGAGAUGUUUCAACGCUGUUUAUAUGCACGAAAUAGCGCGUAGAUCAGUGUUAUUGUUGUAAGGCUGCUGUUACAGUUGUUAGCAAUACGAACGAAAACAAGCAGGAAACUGGAACGCUACAACCCGGAAAUGACGUAAGUUCCGACGUCCCAGUUCCGACUUCCGAGGUUCCGCAGCAUUUAUCCUUUGUUCCCUGUUCGUCAGCAGCCCAGAAGCGGGAGUGUUGAUAAAGCUGUAAGAGAGCUGCAGCAGCAGCAGUUGAUGAACUCUGGAAAGAAGUCCAGCAGCUUGAGGAACAUCUGGUCAAAGAAACUGGAGGGAAGCAGGAGCUCAAACAGCGGCAGGACGCAGCAGAGGAAGAGACACCAGAUGAUGGAUGAUGUUUUCCAGCCCAGAUUAGUGCUGCCAGCAGAUGUUAAAGAAGAGGCUCCUGAAGAACAGAGUCCUGAUGUGGAUCAGCAGGAGCAAGAGCCCCUCCAGAUAAAGGAGGAACAGGAGGAACUCUGGACCAGUCAGGAAGGAGAGCAGCUCACUGUGAAGGAGGAGACUGAUACCAGGUUUCCAUUAACUGCAGCUCCUAUCAAGAAUGUUAAAGAAGAGGCUCCUGAAGAACAGAGACCUGAUAUGGACCAGCAGGAGCUGGAGCUCCUCCACAUAAAGGAGGAAAAUGAAAGAAUCUGGUCCAGCCAGGAUGGAGAACAACUGAAUGUGAAGAAGGAGACUGAUGAUACCAGGUUUCCAUUAACUGUUGUUUAUAUGAAGAGUGAAGAGGAUGAAGAGAAACCUCUGUUCUCUCAGCUUCAUCAACACAAAACAGAAGACAGAGAUCUUCCAAGAAGCAUCUCAACUGACCAGAUAAAAACAGAAAUUAAAGUAGAGGACUGUGGGACAGCAGAAUCCACCAGGAACCCACAUCUAAAUACUCAUGGAGGCACUUCCAACUAUUCAGAGACUGAAGACAGUGAAGAUGAUGAAGAGGAUGAUGUGAACCAUCAUAAAUCUGAGCUUAAACGCUUAUCAGACUCUGAAACUGAAGACAGCGAGGAUGAUUGGAAGGAGAGCAGGACUCCAGGAUCAGGCAGAAACACUGUCAACAAAUCUUUGAGCUGCUCUGAGUGUGGAGGAAAAUUUGCUAACAGACACUCUCUUCAGAGUCACAUGACAUGUCAUCCAAGAUUAACGUCUUCAGAUUGUUCUGGUAAUGAGACAUGUUUCAGUGAAAAGAAAAACAUAGAUUCACUGACGAAGUUUCAGACGGGUAGUAAAGAUUUUAACUGUGGUGAUUGUGGUAAAAGUUUUAACUUGAAACAAGAUCUCAAAAGGCACACAAAAGUCCACACAGGAGACAAACCUUUCAUUUGUGAUGCAUCUGUAACAAAAUUGACCUACAAGUCAAGUUUAGGCAAACACAUCAGUAUUCAGAGAGGAGACAAACCUUUUAGUUGUGAUGCUUGUGGAAAAAGAUUUGCCUACAAGUCACAUUUAAACACACACAUAAGAAUCCACAAAGGAGUCAAACCCUUUAGUUGUGAUGCUUGUGGAAAAAUAUUUUCCUCCAAGUCAUAUUUAAACACACACAUGAGAAAUCACGCCGGAGUCAAACCCUUUAGUUGUGAUACAUGUGGAAAAAUAUUUUCCUCCAAGUCAUAUUUAAACAGACACAUGAGAAUCCAUACAGGAGAUAAACCUGUUAGUUGUGAUACAUGUGGAAAAAGAUUUGCCUUCAAGUCAGUUUUAAACAGACACAUGAGAAUUCACACAGGAGACAAACCUUUUAGUUGUGAUACAUGUGGAAAAAGAUUUGCCUUCAAGUCAGUUUUAAACAAUCACAUGAGAAUUCACACAGGAGUCAAACCCUUUAGUUGUGAUACAUGUGGAAAAAGAUUUUCCUCCAAGUCACAUUUAAACACACACAUGAGAAUCCACAAAGGAGACAAACUUUUUAGUUGUGAUGCAUGUGGGAAACGAUUUGUCUACAAGUCACAUUUAAACACACACAUGAGAAUUCACACAGGAGACAAACCUUUUAGUUGUGAUACAUGUGGAAAAAGAUUUGCCUUCAAGUCAGUUUUAAACAAUCACAUGAGAAUUCACACAGGAGACAAACCUUUUAGUUGUGAUGCAUGUGGAAAAAGAUUUGUCUCCAAGUCACAUUUAAACACACACAUGAGAAUUCAUACAGGAGACAAAUUUAGUUGUGAUGCUUGUGGAAAAAGAUUUGUCUCCAAGUCAUAUUUAAACAAACACAUGAGAAUUCACACAGGAGACAAUCCUUUUAGUUGUGAUGCAUGUGGAAAAAGAUUUGUCUCCAAGUCACAUUUAAACACACACAUGAGAAUUCAUACAGGAGACAAAACUUUUAGCUGUGAUGCUUGUGGAAAAAGAUUUGUCUCCAAGUCAUAUUUAAACAAACACAUGAGAAUUCACACAGGAGACAAACCUUUUAGUUGUGAUACAUGUGGAAAAAGAUUUGUCUCCAAGUCAAAUUUAAACACACACAUGAGAACCCACACAGGAGACAAACCUUUUAGUUGUGAUGCUUGUGGAAAAAGAUUUGCCUCCAAGUCCCAUUUAAACACACACAUGAGAACCCACACAAGAGAAAAACCGUUUAGUUGUGAUGCAUGUGGAAAAAGAUUUGCCUGCAAGUCAAAUUUAAACAGACACAUGAGAACCCACACAGGAGACAAACCUUUUAGUUGUGAUGCAUGUGGAAAAAGAUUUGUCUCCAAGUCACUAUUAAACACGCACAUGAGAAUUCACACUGGAAAUAAACCCUUUGGUUAAGAUCUUUCUGUGGACUGUUUUGGUUCCAAGGCACAAUAGAACAAACGCAAGAAUCCAAACUGGAGAGAAACAUUUUGGUUGUGAUGAAUGUGGUAAAAACAUUACCUUCAAGUCAAAUCUAAACCAGGAUGAUAGAAUUUACAGAAAAGACAAACCCAUUGCUAGUUAUGUUUGCAAUGGCCACCAUUCAGCCUAGGGUUUUAACAGAUUUCAAUGAGAGUGUUUCAUCGCACAUAGGUUGGUUUUAUGGAUUACAGGCUUUUUAACAGGUAGAGUCCAGCAGGUUCAACACUCUCUGACAAAACAAUUACCAGCAAAGCUCUCCACAUGGAUGUGCUUUAUCUUCAUUGUUAUUCACCUUGUACACAAACUCCUGCAAAAGCACUUUCCCUAAUAGACAUUUAAUUAAAUAUGCUGACAACACGGCCCUUUUAGACAACAAAGGAGAGGAGCAUGGACUAGUUCAGGCCUUUUCACUAAUUGGUGCAAAAAAUCCAAGUUGCUAUUGACUUCAGGAAGCUUCAGUCAUUCUCCCCAACCAUUAUCGAUGGAGAUCAAAUUGAGACUAAUGCUAGAAGUACCUGGGCAUGGUUCUGGACUGCCAUCUAAGGUGAGACUCAUGGGCUGACAGGGCAACUUAACGCCCUUAGAAUAUCCUUGACUUCUGUUCAUCAGAACAGCCCACUUAAGAGGCAGUGUCUUGUUAAAGAAAAUUAGUUUAGGAUAAAACAACCUAAAUAUUGUUAAUUUUAUUGUGUUUAGCUUUUGUUUGUGGUGGUAUGAGGCUACCUGGUGAAGCUAAUCUGAACAGGCCUCUAAGCCAUAAGGCUAGUUUUAUGUGUUCUGUGUUUUAAAGUUUAAAUAAAUGUUAUUUCAAUGAGAUGUUUUAAACAGUGGUGGUCCAGUAAUGGGAUUUUGCUCCAUUUUAUCUGUGUUUUUGUUUAAUCGCUUUGAACUAACCUGCUAAAAAUGUGUUCCAGUACUGCUUAAAACAUGCUAAAGGUUGUCUUUGCUAGUGGCUAACAGGCUAAUAGCCUUGCUUAUAAACAUAGUAUACAGCUUUGUUUACACGAGAGCUUGUCUCAUUUGCUCCGUAAUCGGAUAACGCACCAUCAAUGCUUGUAUACACAUUAAUAUUUGUAUUGUAUUAUUAAGUAAUUAAUACAAAGAGAAAGUAACAUCUAAUACCAAGCACAACAAAAUAGCACUUUUAGCAAACAGCACAUGCACACAGAGAGGUGCAACACUUUAAACUGUAUGAUCCCUAAUUUGUAGCAUAUGUAGCAUUAACUUACUGAUAAAACUGCUUUCUGAAACCAGACCCAAGGGAGCACUGGGGAACAGACUCCCUAUUAAUUUAAAACAUUUGGCAAUAAAAACAAAUUUGCUCCAUGCACAUGUGCUGAGAAAGGUGUAGUUAUGUCUAAUAAUAAAAUAAAUUCCAUCAAA